UCGGAGGUUCUCGCCACAGUUCCCAACAAUCGGCGCAGUAUCAAGGUUUGCACUCCGUUCCGCCAUCCACCCACUUGUCCAUGCUGAGUCAGGACGCUGACAAGUUCGGUGUCCCUCCUACCUUCCCCGCGGCUGUUGGGCAACUGCCGGCAUGGAGGAACGAUCCGCCCGGCCUCCAAGAUGUGCGAUCGGGUCAUGUGCCUUUCUACCAUGCUCGAGAUGACCAUGGGGGCGUGGUCGGCCGCGGCAGUUUGUCUGGCGCUGUGUACUCACAACGGACUCCCGCUCACAUGCCCAUGCACGAGGGCAGCACGACCGGUGCAGGCAGUUUCACAGCGGCGUUGUGUGGGGAGUACAAGGAGCCAUUCUCCGAUGGUCUCCCUAGACGGAUACAGCCGGCACGGGGAGGACGUGGCAGAGGAGGGUGUACUCCACCACCACCUGCAUGCCCUGCGGAGGCGAGUGGGAGUGGAAAGGACGUAGGCGGGCAGGAGACCAAUAACAACCCGACACCAGUUAACGAGGGAGUCCGUAAAGGACAAACUCCUGCCAAAAAGAUAGUGCCUUGGACGUUGGAGGAGUGCUUGGCGUUGGCGAAAUGGCAACGUGAGGAUGACGCCAUGAUGGCAGAUGCGUCCGUCAGGCACAAGUGCAUGAAGAAGGGGGAGAGGCAAGAGUGGGUGUCCGAGCGCAUGAAAGAGGAAGGGAUGAUGAGGUCCGCCGAGGACUGCAGGAAAAAACGGUUUAACCUGGGACAGAAGCUGAAACUGCUUGUGGAUAAGGUGGGGCGGUCAGACCAUCAAUCGUAUUGGGAUAUGACCGAAGAGGAGAGAGAGGCCGAAGGUCUUUACGCCACAUUCGAUCAACGUCUUUGGCAGGCGAUGAAGUGGGUGUUACAAAGACCGUCUGGGACGUGUGAUGAAGCCAUGAACUCGGACACCAUGGGUGGAGUUGAAGCAGAAGGCACGGGGGGAGGUUCAGGUGAGCAAGCAGGGUCAGACAGAGGAGGGUCCGACACGCCGGGAAGUAGGUCGAAGUUCAGGCGAACCAGCGACAGCAGAGUCCAUGUUGGAGAUGACCCAUCUUCUGUGUCGUUUGUGGGAGUUGCCAUGGCUGAGUCCACACGUGUGUACGUGGACGGUUUGGAUAGAGUCGCGACGACGAUUGCUCAAGUGAGCAAGGAAGGUGCCACCAUCAUCGCCGGGAGCAUAGGUGAAAUGGCGACCCAGAUAGGUGCAGUCGCAUCAGCCAUGGGUGAAGGGAACGCUGUGCUGCAGCUCCUGGAAACGAAGGUGGAUCAGUGUUGCCAUCCUCGCGGCCGGAUGGAUUUCAGCCCUGACACGGCUGAUCUCCAUAGUCGUGUCUACUAUGUUCUCGUGGAAGGGACCCUGGCGAUGAAGAUCGACGGCUGUUUUGGGUACGACAAGGAAGACAACUUGGUGGACGUCAUUCUCAACGUGAAGAAGCUGUCGGAAGUCGUCCCCGACGAGUGGCGUCUCCCAGAAUGUGAUGUCGUCAGCGACAUCGUUAGAUACCUGGUGUCCACCAUAGCUGAUGAACACAUGGUUGCGCUUCACGGCAAUGCCUUCUACGUGGCGCACAUGCAGCCCCCUCUCCGGGGUAGGCAGUACUUGCACGGCGCUGUGCAGUCGUGGUGUCCGAAAGACGAUAUGAAGGUUGCGCGUCGACGGUGGUGAGUGUAAAGGGGAGUGUUGCAUAACCGGCGAUGAAGCGCAAGGGAAGAUUGGAUUCAAUCGCGUUAUGCACGAA